AUGGCCCAAGUACCCCAGACCCAGACGGCCGCCGUCAUCACCGAGCGUGGCGGUGAACUCCACUUCAAGACUGACUACCCCGUCACCCAACCCAGCCAGCUCAAGCCCGGCGAAUGUCUCGUUAAGAUGCACUGCACCGGUGUCUGCCACACCGACCUUCACGCCGCCAAGGGUGAUUGGCCCGUUCCAUCCAACAUCCCUCUCGUUGGUGGACAUGAGGGUGUCGGCGAUAUCGUUGCUAUUGGCGAGCAUACCGUCAACUCGCCGGUGAAGGUCGGUGACAGAGUCGGUAUCAAAUGGUUGGCGAACUCGUGCAAGGAGUGCGAGAUGUGCAGGAAGGGCUUGGAGCAGAACUGCGACAAGGCCCAGCUGAGUGGAUACACCGUCGAUGGAACCUUCGCAGAAUACGUCGUUUCCUUCGUCUCGCAUGUGACGCCCAUUCCUGCCAAUCUUGGCUCUGCCGAAGCCGCCUCAUUGCUCUGCGCUGGUGUCACUGUGUACCGCGCGCUCAAGCACAGCAAGACGAACAUGGGAGAUUGGGUUGUCCUCCCUGGUGCCGGUGGAGGAUUGGGACAUCUUGCCGUCCAGUACGCCGUUGCAAGGGGCCUUAGGGUCAUCGCUAUCGACACCGGCGCGGACAAGAAGAAGCUUUGUUUGGAACUUGGCGCGGAGAAGUGGAUUGACUUCCGCGAGAGCAAGGACAUUGUCGCGGAUGUCAUCGCAGCCGCUGAUGGCAAGGGCGCCCAUGCUGCUGUCGUCACCUCCGCUUCGAGCGAGGGUUACCGUCAAGCCGUCGACUAUCUCCGGUGCGGCGGAACGAUGAUGUGUGUCGGCCUCCCAGGAACGGCCAAGCUCGAGUCGUCCAUCUUCUUCACUGUCUUCAAGUCUAUCAACAUCCUCGGCUCUUACGUUGGUAACCGCCAAGACGCCUACGAGGCACUCGCUGUCGCCUCUGCCGGCAAGGUCAGGGUUGCGUUCAUCGAAAAGAACUUGAAUGCCCUCAAGGACGUCUACGAGGACAUGGAGGCUGGCAAGAUCGCCGGUCGUAUCGUUCUCAACAUGGCGUAA